GCACGCAUUCAUACCAGGGCAGCGCGAGCGAGGGGGCUCGGGAGCGAGCGUCACUUUGGAACACUCGGGAACUCUCAGGAUUCUCGUUCUAGAACCGACGACCUCCUUUUCUCAUUACUGAAGUUCCUCAUCAUUCUGCUAUUUCAGGUCCUAUCUGUUGGAUUUCCACCGCGGGGUCAAACGGAGGAGAGAGUGAAGGAAGGUGGAAAGUCAGGAGGGAAGUCAGUGAGAGCGUGGUGAGUUUGGGCGCAGACAGCUGUGCGUUAGCAGGUAAACUGGGGUCCAAGGUGCGCACUGAGCCGCCUAUGAUACCAACAACACGGAUGGAAAGAACUUUAAUGUGGAACCCUCACAGAGUUUUGCAACGGAGGCUGAGAGUAGAGACAGACUGGCAGUUCAUAUUAUAAACUUGAAGGAGGCCAGCAGGACAGAUCAGACAUAUCAGCAGUCAGCCGACACUCCGUGCAUCACUCAACUGUAGGGAGAAACAGCAACAAGGACCCGGACAGGUAGAGCUGAGCAUUUAGGAACACACCUUACGCAUCCUCUGCUGCACCUGGAGGCUCGUGUGUGUGUGUGUGUGUGUGUGGGAAGAUGUCCAGAGAGGAGCAGCAGAGCUUCUCGGAGGUUGAGCUCAGUCCCGGGAUGUCGGACGACAGUCGCUCCCUGUCACCGGGGCAUUCUUCCGGUGCCACCGGCGGGGGGGACUCGCCUCUCAGCGGGCAGCAGCAGCAGCCGCCGCAGCUGGCGGGUCUGGACGACUCGACGGCGGGCGGCUCGUCCAUCAAAUCCGAAGACGAGGACGACCGUUUCCCCGCAGGGAUCCGGGACGCGGUGAGCCAGGUGCUCAACUGCUACGACUGGACCCUCGUGCCCAUGCCCGUGCGCGUCAACUCCGGAAGCAAGAACAAGCCGCACGUGAAGAGGCCCAUGAACGCCUUCAUGGUGUGGGCGCAGGCGGCGCGGAGGAAACUGGCCGACCAACACCCGCACCUGCACAACGCGGAGCUCAGCAAGACCCUGGGGAAGCUCUGGAGGCUUCUCAAUGAGGGCGACAAGCGACCCUUCAUCGAGGAGGCAGAGAGGCUGCGGAAGCAGCACAAGAAGGACUAUCCUGACUACAAAUACCAGCCACGACGCCGCAAAAGUGGAAAGCCUGGUUCUGGGUCAGGAAGUGAGGCCGAUGGCCAUUCGGAGGGUGAGGUCGGCCAACCCCACUACAAGGGCCUCCAACUGGAUGUGGCCCUCAGUAGGGGAGCUGGGUCCCCUCUGGCAGAUGGGCACCACCCUCAUGCUGCAGGUCACAGUCCUCCCACACCUCCCACCACUCCCAAGACGGAGCCUCAGUCUGGGAAGGUUGGGGAUGGAAAGCGGGAGGGUGCUGGGAAUGGGGGCUCACGUGGUGCAAUGGGUGCAGAGGGAAGCUCAGGUGCUCCGGGAUCUGGUAAACCUCACAUCGACUUUGGUAAUGUGGACAUUGGUGAGAUGAGCCACGAGGUGAUGGCUAACAUGGAGCCUUUUGAUGUCAACGAGUUUGACCAGUACCUUCCCCCCAAUGGACACCCGGGGGUUGGGCAGAGUGCUGGGGGAGCCGCUGCAACAGCUUCUCCGGCCUCUCCGUACACCUACGGGAUCUCCUCAGCUCUGGCAGCGGCCAGUGGACACUCAGCAGCCUGGCUCUCCAAGCAGCAGCAGCAACCGCCGCUGCAACAUCACGGCCCCCCUCUGGGCUCAGAUCCCUCCAAGGCCCAGAUCAAGAGCGAGGUCGGGGGUACUGGGGGUCACUUUGCAGAGGCAGUCUCAGUAGGUUCCCAUGUCACCUACACCCCCCUCAGCCUUCCUCACUACAGUUCUGCCUUCCCCUCACUGGCCUCCAGGGCUCAGUUUGCUGAAUAUGCUGACCACCAGGCCUCAGGGUCCUACUACGCUCACUCCGGCCAGGCCUCGGGGUUAUACUCUGCCUUCUCUUACAUGGGGCCCUCCCAGAGGCCCCUGUACACUGCCAUCUCUGACCCAGCCAACGUGCCGCAGUCACACAGCCCCACCCACUGGGAACAGCCCAUCUACACGACUCUGUCGCGGCCAUGACAGACAACGAGACCAGAGGGCACUGGUGCAGGUUCAGCCCCCAUGUCAGACCCAAGGAGCAGCAGCAGCAACAACAGUGUUGGUGGUGAAAGUGGUCUGGGCUGGGGGGAGUGGGCAGGCACUGGGGGAGUCGGCAGGGGAGGCAGGAGGGGUGAAACCCCGUUCUGCCCCUGCCCCGAUGCAGGAAUGCCGCCACAGCCCAAGGAUGAGCUUGGAGCGUGGUGCUUUUGAAGCGUGGUUGAUUAUUUGGGGCUCUCGGUGUAGUAGUCAGAGAAUGUAUUACUUUACACCCAUCGCAGAGUUCCAGGUUAGACUCACAGCAGCCAAGCCUCUGGCGCUCCAAACAACACAAUUGGCAAUGUUCAUAGUGGUAAAGGAUCAUGUCAGUUUUGUGCAUCAGAGGAGGCACCUUGUAGUCUACACCCCUCUCCCACAAGCCAAAAAGGGGUCAGAAGCAACAGAGACCAUGGUACACAUUGAGAAUUGGCAAGACUUCGAUCUGUAUUGUGAAGGGUGUGACUGAGAUGGAGCCAAAUUCAUGAAUAUGAAAUGGGGUUUUUUUUUGUACCAGAAGAAUGGAGUGUGAAACUAUUUGGCUGUGGCCCAUUCACUUCUCAGGCAAGAUUGACCUUUUAUCAAAGAGAUGUUAGUUUCGUAUUGCUUGUGGAAAUCAAUACAACAAUUACUGAUAUCAUUCUGAGGCACAUUUGUCCCUAUAUUCAAUAGGGACAAAUUAUGAUGCUGUGUUCACUUAAAAUGCCAUUUGUACACACAAUGGACGUGCAUGGAAGUAAAAUGCCAUAAAACUAUGUUGAGGUUUUGUUAAGUGAAAUGUAUAUUUAGUCAAAAAACUAUUUCUACGAGGACUAUUAUCAGGAUAGUUUGUACAAUGUACUUGAAAUUAAAAAUGUAUGUUUAUUGAUGCAUACAGAUUUGAGAUAUUUGUUAAACGACCAAAGUUUUGAGACCAAAACUUAAGAGAAAAGAAACUGAUUUUACAGACAUUUCUCCCAACGUGACACUCAAAACUACCUUACAUUUUGUAGCUAAUUAGUUUCCUCUUAGCUGUCAACAUGUUUCCAAUGUGACUUAUUGUAAAAGCCUUAAAAACAUCUUGGUGUCAAAAGCUACUUUUGCCUUUUUUCACAAUGGCACUGAUGAGUGUGAUGAUUUUUCGUUCGAGUAUUUGACGCAAUCAUGAAGAACAUUCAUGAAAAAAGACAAUUCUAUUUAUACUUGCAUAAUCCAUUUCUGUUGACCAUGGUCGCAAUUAGGGAUGCAUGAUAUAUAUCGGGCCAAUAAUGGGAAAUUUAUGUUAUGUAUUAUUCCGAUAACUAAAUUAUAGCCAAUAAAUAAAGCUGAUAAUACGAAGCCAAAUAGCUUUCAUUAACUUAACAAGUGCAGCAACUCCGAUAGAGUAGGGCAGUAUGCACAUUCAAAAUUGGUUUGCGAUCCGCCAAUAAACACAGAAGAAGAAGAAGAACAAACAGCAUGCUGACUAGAGAGACAAACAUGUCGUUACCGUUGUGGACGUUUUUCCACAGUUUCAGAAGAAGACCACACAAUUGCAAUUUGCAAUACAAGUUUUUCGAUGUACUUUAUUAGAAAAAAAUAAAUGAACAACACGGUCAUCGGUAUCGGCCAUGAGAAGCAGGUAAUUAUCGUAUCGGUCAUGUUAAGCAGGUAAUUAUUGCUUAUGUUAUCUGUAUCGGCCAUUAGAAGCAGGUAAUUAUCGGUCAUCGGUAUUGACCAUGAGAUGCAGGUACUUAUCGGCAUCAGCCACGAGAAACAGGUGAUUACCGGUUAUCUAUCAGUAUCGGCCAUGAGAAACAGGUAAUUAUCAUAUCGGUCAUGUGAGGCAGGUAAUUAUUGAUUUUGUUAUCGGUAUCAGCCAUGAGAAGCAGGUAAUUAUCGGUAGACUUAUCGGUAUCGGCCAUGAGAAGCAGGUAAUUAUCGGUAAUCUUAUCGGUAUCGGCCAUGAGAAGCAGGUAAUUAUCGGUUAUUUUAUCGGUAUCGGCCAUGUGAAGCAUGUAAUUAUCGGUAAUCUUAUCGGUAUCGGCCAUGAGAAGCAGGUAAUUAUCGGUUAUUUUAUCGGUAUCGGCCAUGUGAAGCAUGUAAUUAUCGGUAAUCUUAUCGGUAUCGGCCAUGAGAAGCAGGUAAUUAUCGGUAAUCUUAUCGGUAUCGGCCAUUUGAAGCGGGUAUUGUUGGUAAUCUUAUCGGUAUCGGCCAUGUGAAGCAGGUAAUUAUCGGUAAUCUUAUCGGUAUUGGCCAUGUGAAGCAUGUAAUUAUCGGUAAUCCUAUCGGUAUCGGCCAUGAGAAGCUGGUAAUUAUCGAUUAUCAGUAUCCUUAUCGUGCAUCCCUAGUCGCAGUGUGUCAAAAAAUGCAUGAUAGAAGCUUUUUCAUUGUUUUAACAAUUGACUGUAUUAAUAUUGUUAAAUGCUUUUUGCCAUUAUUAUUUUCACUGAAAAUCUGCACCACUGUCUUUUCUUUACCUUUGUGUGUCUUUCAAAAUAUGUAUCGAAUAUUCAAUGUGAAAUGUCAGAUCUUGCGAUUGUAGUUGUGUACAGUAAAUGUUUUUUAAAAACAACAUUGUUUCAAUGUGGGAGAUGCCAAUACUGAGAAACAGUUGCCAGAGAUUGUGCGAGUAAAGCUUCCAGGAGAUGAUACAUUUUAACGCAGCCUAAUAUUAAAUAUAAAAUGUGCCUGGCCCUUAAUAAUACCUGCAACUCACACAUGAAACAGAGAAGUAUUUUAUCUUAAAUCAUGUUUGUUUCUUUCCCAAUUUUUGGACUAUUAGUUAAUUAGAUUUUUCAUGUUGUGUCUUUUUCCUCAUCUUGAUAGUUUACUGUUUCUCCACAUGUAAUUUCUAUCCCUCAUCUCCUUAACACAACUGUAUUUUAAGUAUCUUAUUCUUCAUUUUGGAAAGUGAAAAAAAAAUCAAAAACAAAUGAAUUUACUAUGCUUUGUUUUUAUGUAUAUCACUCAAAUAUUCUUUAUCACUAUGGACACGGAUCCGAACCAUAUGCAUGCAGCACUGCUUGUUAAAGCCCAUUUCUAUUUAACCAUUUACCUCCAGCACAAGAGGCAAAGCUCAUUUUACAUCCUUGUUGUGUGAAAAUAUGCGUUAUGUUGCUAUGAAUUUAACAUUUCUUAUUUAUAUUUGUUUUUAUGUUUGUGUGCGCUGUUAGUUGUUUCUCUCCAUUAUGAGGACGACCUUUGACUGUUACUGCCAUUUUAGUAUUUCAUAAUUUCCAUUCUUGUAUAACUGUUGCCAGCACUGCACAGCAACAUGACUUCUAAAUAACCGCAAUAGCGAAAGCCUAAACAUGUGAUGAUGAUGACUAAUGACCUUUUACGCUCACUUGAAAUAAAGCUCUAUUAUUUCUGCUUUGAUACA